AUGGAGGUAGGGCUCGCCAUUAAAAUCCGUAUGAUUGAAAACAAAACAUUAGAUUUGUACUGUUUAAAAUUUUGGGUGGAUGAAGAAGGUGGUUUUGAAAAUUGCAAUACACCAAAAAAAUGGCGUAAGAUAGCGAAUUCAAUGGGCUAUAGUCAAAAUGCUAAUACUAUGAAUUUUUUAAGAAGCAAUUAUGAAAAAAUUUUGCUGCCUUAUGAAAUAUUUGAAAAAAGUAAAGCUGAUAUAUUAAAGACCGUUAAAAAGGGUGAGACAAAAGUUGAAAUCAAAACUGAUGGUGAUGAUGCUAAGCAGGCCUUUAAAGAAGUAUCAGAAGAAUCAAUUACUAAACCAAAAGAUGAAUCUAAGAAUUACAUACCUCACACAAGUAUUAUAAAAACUAAAACUGGAUCAGAUAUCAAACCUGAUGUGGACAGUCAUAGUAUUGUAGAAAGUGAGGAAAUGAAAUGUGAUAGAGAGCUAAGAAGAUUAGCAUGUUAUGGACCUGGGCCCAAAAUGCCUGAUCUUAAUGAUGAAGAGUUUGAUAUAACAAAAUCUAGAAAGAGACCAAGAUAUGAUUUAGAUCCCUUAGCAGUUUAUGUUUGUGCUAUUUGUCAAAAAGACCAUACUGAUAAUUUAUUGUUGAUUUGUAAUGAUUGUUCUGAUACUUAUCACACAUUUUGUCUUAAACCUUUUUUGAAUUCUGUUCCCGAUGGAGAUUGGCGUUGGCCCUGUUAUAUAGCUGAGGAGAAAAAGAAUUCCUGGAGAAUUAUAUCGUCAGUGGAAGAAGAUGUAACAGUAGAAUAUGGUGCAGACUUGCACUCAAUGGAUCAUGGUUCAGGUUUUCCAACUAAGUCCUCCUUGAAUCUUUAUCCUGGUGAUCAAGAGUAUGUAGAUUCAGGAUGGAAUUUAAAUAAUCUACUAGUCUUAGAUGGUUCAGUGUUAAGAUUUAUUAACGCAGAUAUCUCAGAAGGUGAUCGUCUAGAUUUAGAAACAGCUUUGGAAACACAAAAGGAAUUAGUUUCGGCUACAGAGGAAGAUGGUAGGUUACGAGCAAAGAUAGCUAAACAAGGAUUGAAAAGUGUACAAAGAACAGCCUUUGAGUUGCUGGGAGAUGAUGGGAGAUUAUGUGAGGCAUCACUUCCUCCACCAAAAUGGACAGAACCAUUCAAGGCCGUCAAUAAAUAUGUAAUUUGCCCACAAAUGGUAUAUAUGUCUUUGGGAAUAGAACUGAAACAACAAGAAGACUGUCUAAUCGCCAAUAUAUACGUGCCUGAUACGAAUGAAAAUAAUUUACCUGUGGUUAUACAUGUUCACGGAGGGGCAUAUCAAAUGGGAUACGGCGACUUAAUGACGGAAAAACAAUUCAUUAAAGAAAAUAAUAUAAUUAUAGUUAAUUUCAAUUACCGUCUCAGUGUACAUGGUUUUCUAUGUCUAGGUACAGAAGAUGUACCUGGUAACGCAGGCAUGAAGGACCAAGUGGCGUUGUUUCGCUGGGUGAAAGAAAAUAUUGCUAGUUUUGGUGGAAACCCUGAUGAUGUUACAAUCAAUGGAUUUAGUGCAGGUUCAUCGUCGGUUGAUCUUCAUCUUGUUUCGCCGAUGACCAAAGGUCUCUUUAAUAAGGUUAUACCCAAAAGUGGAGCAAGUCUCUCCGUUUUUAGUGUUCAAACGAACCCGGUGAAAAAUGCUUGGAAAUAUACGAAGAUGCUUAAUUUUACAAAUAAGAACAAAAAUAUUUAUGAUUUAGAACUUUUUUAUAAAUCAACAUCACUGAAUAUAUUAAACUCUAUUAAUCUUUUAAAUAAACCCGAUUCUACGUUUCUUUUUGUAUCUUGUGUUGAAAGAAAACAAGGUGAGGUAAGAUUUCUUGACGAUGCUCCAAUAAACGUUUUGAAAAGUGGCCGCAAUCAUAAACUACCAUUGUUAUUUGGAUUUGCUGAAAUGGAAGGACUAUUAAGAAUGCCAGUUUUUGACACUUAUUAUAGUAAAAUGAAUGAAAAUUUUGCCGAUUUCUUAUCCGGUGACUUUAAGUUUUCAAAUUCAGAAGAAAAAGAGGAAGUCGCGCAGAGAGUUAAAGAGUUUUAUUUCGGUAAAAAACCAGUUGGCAAGGAAACCAUAUUUAGGUAUAUUAUAGAUUAUUUUACAGAUGUAAUAAUUGCAUAUGGCACACUAAAAUCUAUUCAGUUGCAAGUGGAAUCUGGAAACAAAGAUAUAUAUUUAUAUGAAUAUUCCUUCGUGGAUGACAACGUUCCGUUAGUGCCCUACACUGAUGUGCGUGGUGCUGACCACUGCGCCCAUACAAUGGCUGUAGGAGACGGAAAUUUCCUAAACGCGCAAGUUGAUAAAAAAGAUUUUAUAAAUAUGAAGCAAUUGAUGAGAAAAUUAUGGUACAACUUUAUCAAAACAGGGUAA